AUGAAAGCGGCUUUUGAGGCUCCGCAACAACAGCCAACACAACAGAGACGCGUGUCGGGACCCAGAGGUCAAGAAUGGAAGAGGCCCGGUCCCUCUGGUGCUUUGGGGGUCCAUCACCACUCCUCCCCUUCGCUCCUCAGCCUCUGCCCCCUGCCGCGGAGCCCCGUCGAGGCUUUCUCUACCCGAGCCCCCUCCCGCUACCGAGUCCCUUAG